CAUAACUUUCCGUCGUCGUUUUGGAAGCAUAUACAGGGUUUUUAUGUUUUUUCAUAUUAUGAAAUUUUUUUUCAAAUGGACCGAAGUGAUUUUAUGAAAUCAGAAAUUAUUCAUGAUUAAUCAAUUGAUUAGCUUUUAAAACCCUAAUCGGGAGAAUACGUGCUUUAGUUUAGUAUCACAAGAGAAUCGUCAGUUUCAAAUUGAGUACCGUAAAACGGGGCUAUCAGAGACUGCGGUAUUACAAGAGACAAAAACCGGAAAUUUGAUAAUAAUGGCUGCCAAUUUUUUCUAAACAGGAAAGUGUUUUUUGGCAUAAAUGCAAUUUGUCGGGCCUUAUCUUUAAUAUUUUCAGCUUUUAGCGAUUUUAAUGACAUCACUUGGUGGAGAUUCGAAUUAAAACCCGAUCAGCUGUUUUCAGCAAUUUUUCUAACCUCAAAAAACUUUGUUUACAGCAGGUGCGCGAAUGUUUGAUUGAUUUUGGGGCUUUCCGAGACACCAUGGUCCGCAAGUACAAAACAAAGCUGGGGGCAAAAACUCUUAAAAAACACGAUCCUCAGACCAUCCAGAAUGCUCUCAGGGAUAUUGCUAAUGCUUCAGAGUGGCAUGCACCGAUUGACAAAUUUGACCUUUGUUGUAUAGUGAAAUAUUAUCUGGAUUGAAAAGGAACCACCAUUAAACAGUUCAGAAAUAAUUUGCCAGGACCGGACUUCGCAAAAUCUUGUUUGACUAGAGACAAAGAUCAGUUGUCAGAGAGAUUCUGACAGAAUAUUAAUCGAUCGCGAGCUGCAUAGCAAAUCAGCAACAUCUUUAAGGAUUGCUGCUACUGUACAUGGGACAGUUUUGCCUCCAUAUGUAGUGUACAAAUCUGCCCAAUUGUAUGAAUCUUGGGCUGAUAGAGGGCCAAAGGGAACAAGAUACAACCGAACGCUGUCGUGCUGGUUUGACGCUACAUGUUUCUCAAAUUGGCUGGACACAUGCGUUAUUCCAUAUGUUAGGCUAGUUGGUCCAAAGUACUUACUUGGUGAUAAUUUAUCAUCACAUAUAUCUGUAGAUGCUAUUAAAAAGUGCAAGGCUGAGAACAUUCAUAUCAUUUUCCUUCCAACAAAUUCUAUACACCUAACGCAACCAUUGGAUGUGAGCUUCUUUAGGCCAAUGAAAAUGUGCUGGCGAAAAAUUCUAGAACAGUGGAAGGCUAAGGAUGGUCAAAAAGAAGCUACGAUUCCAAAAUCAUUGUUUUCCAAUCUUCUGAAAAGUUACUGGAACAAAUUGA